AUGUUAAGUUUAGAUAAUCAAACAGAUUUAAUAAGAAAGAGAUCAGAGUUACAACUUCCAUAUUUCCAACUAAAUGAAUCAAAUAUUUCAUAUUCUACUGAUCCGGAAACAUCAGUAAAUACAAAGGAUGGCAUUUCUGCACCAAGUGCCAAAAAACCAAGAAAUAAUAUAGUUUAUUCUCAGCCAGAUGAUUCUGGUAUUGGAAAUCACUUACAGUCUCAGCUUUAUUAUGCAUUAGAAUAUCUUAAAAAAAAAGAAUCCCCAAAGACAUUACAAGAUAUAUCUCAAUAUCUUUCUAUGUCAUUAACAGCAGAGUUUAUUGAUCGAUUACGGACAAAUGAAAGAAUUGAAUAUGAUCCUUAUAAAGAUACAUAUUAUUUUAAACCAAUACAUAAUAUUCGUUCUGCUGAAUCUCUUGUUUCUUUUCUAAGCUCAAGCGUGACAGCAGUAGGCAUUAUGGUUAAAGAUUUGAAAGAAGGGUGGUCUGGUGCUAUGGAUGAGAUUGAACGGCUCGAAAAAGAUGGACAGAUCCUUGUCCUUAGGACAAAAAAAGAUGGUCUUCCAAAGUCAGUAUGGCCAAAUUACUCAGAAGACCAAGAAUCUGUUGAUAAAGAAUUCAAAGAGAUAUGGAAUUCAUUGACAAUACCAGCACCAUCUGAUCUUCCUCGUGAGCUUGAAAAGGUUGGGCUAAAACCCACUUCAGUGGAUCCUGCAACAGUAAAAAAAAUUCCUAUAACAACUUUACAAAAGAAUAAAAAACGACGCAACCCUAGAGGGAGAAUCACAAAUACACACUUAAAUAGUUUAAAAGACUAUAGUGAUAGAAGACUUUAA